AUGGCAACCGCCAUCGCCGUGGUCAAGGCGUCCGGACCCAACGGGCACGCCAGUGCCCUGCUGAGCCCUACGCGCAGCGCGGAGGAGCCAGGGGCCACUGACAGCACGCGCUACUCUCCUGUUUCACUGGAACUGGACCCUGCGGUGAAUAAUGGAUCAGGCAUUCCCGACAGGGAGCAGAGUGACACAAAGGAGCAAGCCUUGCAGAUCGACAGCCAGCCCGCCAGCAGCCAGCCCGGUGAGCCGCGAGGGGUCUGCUCACCCAAACACUUCCCCAGCCCCUACCUCACUAAGACUAGCAUGCAGGGGGAUGUCUACAACUUCCUAGAGAGACCUGCUGGAUUGAGAUGCUUCCUCUACCACUUCCUUGUGUUCCUUAUGGUCCUAGUGUGUCUUAUCUUCAGUGUGCUAUCGACCAUAGAACAGUAUGCAGAAUUUGCCACUGGAACACUUUUUUGGAUGGAAAUUGUUCUGGUGGUGUUCUUUGGCACAGAGUACGUGGUGCGGCUGUGGUCAGCGGGCUGCAGGAGCAAAUAUGUGGGCAUCAAAGGACGACUGCGCUUCAUCAGGAAGCCCAUCUCCAUCAUAGAUUUGAUUGUGGUGAUCGCCUCAGUCAUUGUUCUGAGUGUGGGCUCAAAUGGACAAGUCUUUGCCACUUCAGCCAUCAGGGGGAUACGUUUCCUGCAGAUCCUGCGCAUGCUGCAUGUGGAUCGCCAGGGAGGCACCUGGAGGCUUCUGGGGUCUGUAGUCUUCAUUCAUCGGCAGGAGCUCAUAACAACCCUGUAUAUCGGCUUCUUGGGCCUGAUCUUCUCCUCGUACUUUGUGUACCUGGCAGAGAAAGAUGCGGUGGAUGAAGAGGGAAGGACUGGCUUUUCUAGCUACGCUGAUGCCUUAUGGUGGGGUGUGGUGACGGUGACUACGAUAGGCUACGGAGACAAAGUUCCUCAGACGUGGAUUGGGAAGGCCAUUGCCUCCUGCUUCAGCGUCUUCGCCAUCUCCUUCUUUGCCCUUCCUGCUGGGAUCCUUGGCUCAGGCUUUGCUCUGAAGGUGCAGCAGAAGCAGAGACAGAAGCACUUCAGCCGUCAGAUCCCAGCUGCUGCCUCCCUCAUCCAGACACUAUGGCGGUGCUAUGCUGCAGAGAAACCAGGAAGUUGUUCAGCUACAUGGAAGAUGUACGUGCUGACUGCCGACUACGUGCCCCCUGCAACCUCCGAAGCCUCCAGUCCAGGAAACUUCAGAAAGCUGAGUAAACGCUACAAAAGGAAGCUGAGAUCUCGUGAUAAUGGCUCCUUCAGCACAGCAGGAGACAAGCCCUUGUCCAUUCCACAGAUCACGUAUGACCACAUUGAUGAAAAAGACGAGAAGAAAGACAUGCCCUUCUUCCUCGAGGAGCCCACUGACCCGCACCACUCCUGGUCCUCUUUCACUCUGAGCUGUCCUGCCUCUCCAGUGAAGAAAAAACUGGACGGAGCCCCGGGAGACAUCACGCGAGCAAAUAGCCUGGUGGACGACAUUGACUUUGUCAGUGAGGACGUGUCUUUGCCUGUUGUCACUGACCCAGCCCAUCUGUUGACAAGCCCAUUGGUGGCAAAGGUCCAGGACUCAAUCUCCACACAACACUUGAACACAAGAAGACUGACCCACGCUCACAAAUCAGCCAUCAAAGUCAUCCGGCGAAUGCAGUACUUUGUGGCUCGGCGGAAAUUUCAGCAAGCGCGGAAGCCAUACGACGUGCGGGACGUGAUCGAGCAGUAUUCCCAAGGCCACCUGAACAUGAUGGUGCGCAUCAAGGAGCUCCAGAGGAGAUUGGAUCACACGUUGGGGAAGCCAGGAAUGUUUUUGCCAGAGAAAGGCAUAGACAAAGAGUAUCACACCGUCGGAGCCAGACUGAUCAGGCUGGAGGAUAAGGUGCUGGACAUGAACCAGAAGAUGGAGGACAUCCUGACGAUCCUGGUGGAGCACUUCAAGCCCAAGCCUGAGCUCCUGCAGAAGCCGCCACACUACAGCUCCCGCGUCACCGUCAUGAAACAUAUGGGCGUCAGCAUGGACGAGGGCCACUGACCACCCCACCCAAGAAAAAAAAACCAUCACCCGCACCGGAGAUGGACGUGACGCCCUCAGCAGAUUGUGGGAGGAGUAGCUGGAGGAGGGAGCCCACCUCCCAAAACCUUGAAUCUUCAACCCCCCCCCCCCCCCCCCCCUACUCAAUAUCAACAAUGACCCUUGACCUGGGAAGAGAAAGCCACCAACUGGACUCUGUGACUCUAACCAUUCUCUUCCAGAUUAGCAGAGGAGCUCAGGUGAAGUGUUCACCUCCACACCUUUUCAGAGGGCAGGUCAAAAGAGCAGAGGUGUUCAUGUUCAUAACAGAAAGAGGUUACAAGAGGUUGAAUGGCAGGAUGUGGUUUUCUCUCACACCUCCUUAUGUUCUCUGCCACACAGCUCAGAGCACAGAGUUUUAGCACAACAAAUAGUGAGACAAACACAAUCUGGAUCAGCUGAGUUCUUCUAUUGUCUUUCAAUGGGGAUUUCUUCGAGGAUUGAAACAGCCAUACUAGUGAUUGUAAACUCAAGUCUGUAUAUUCUACUGAUGGUUUUGGCACCACUCGGGCAGAUGUAAACAGCAUAGCACUGGAUAGUCUCCCCACAUCCACAUAGCCCAUUAUUGUGGAUGUCCGCCGUGAGUUUGUUGCUACAGCUCAGGUGACAUGGAGACAGAACAGUAAAGAAUGUCCUCAGCCUCAGCCCCGACUGCAGGGGUGAAAAUGGGCUCCAGCAAGUAAUCUUCCCCUAAUUUAUGGCUACGGUUAAGCUAAUAAAAAUAGGAAAAAAGCCGUGACAGGGUUUAAUGGAGUAUUACAGGAAUACAAGAGAGGAAGACUGAGACUUAUGGUGUGUUGUGCAGUUUGUCCAGAGCCGAGUGCCAAGAUUUUCACUAGGAUAUUCAUUUAACGUUCCCCAAAGCUAAAACACUCUUAUUUUCCUUCCUAGGUCCACACUAGCAGUGUGCAAUUUGAAAUAAAUUUGCCCCAUUAAAUCCAUGAUUAUUUUUCUCACUCUUGGUAAUUAAAGUGGUGAAUUCCUGGCAAGGCUAGAUUACUGCGCGAGUGAGUAACCGAGUAGGCCUAAUGAAAAGAAAAGUUGGAAAAAUGUGUACAAUUUAAACAGUAGGCAGCAGGAGCCUGGCCUCAUCAUGAGGUAAAAAAAACUGACUGAAAUAUCAAUUCGCCAAAAAGAACAACUCUCUGUGCGUGAGGUUGUGGUCCACAGCUUCAGUUAAUGUGUUUAUCUUCUGUUGGUGUACUGCCAGCGACAAAAAAGCACCAACAAUCACAAAGCCCCACUUUUUUUUUUUUUUUUUUUGCAAUGUGUAUUUAAGUCUUGCCAUAAUUAUGGACUGUACAAUCUCGAAGGCUGACAACCCAAAGAAAGGGGAUGAUUGAGGAAGAGGAGAGGAUUUCAACUUACCAUUUUCCUGCUUUUUCUUUUUGCUGUGGUUAAUCCCAAGGUUAGUCGUAAAUGUACCGAAAGGCAGUUUGAAGGAACCUGGGUUAUUGUUUGAGAGGGGGUGGAAUCAUUUAAAGCUCACUCCUCUAACCAUAUAUUUGUACAGUUUUGUAAGAAAUGUAAAUAGAAUUGCCUUAUAUUCAUUAUUACCAUGUGUUCAAGCUGUGAUGGUCUAUUGGGUUGUCUAAAAAUAUUUUAAAGAUAUAUUUAUUACGCUGUCAAAGGUUGUA